AUGAUCAUUCUUUUGUUAUUGGUUACAUUAAGUGUACAAGCACAAAUCGACGAUAGUAUUAAGUAUGACAUUAUCCAAGUUUCAUUAAAUUCAGACAUGUUAAGUGACAUAGAGAAACAUAUUAAACAAAAAUUUGCUGGAAUAGAAGCUGAAAUCUCGAUGAAGAAAAUUCAAAAGAUUUCAAGAAAUGAACGAGAACGUAAACAGUUAGAAAUUCGGAUAAAAGGCACUAAAAACAAACAAAAAAAGAUAGAAAUCCAACGAAAAUUAGACUUAAAUGCUAUUCAACGAAAAGAAAUUGAUAAAUGGGAAAAAAUUAAAAUUCAAAUGGUUAAAGAAGAAAAAGAAUUAAUGAAAAAAAGAGAAGAAAGAUUGAUGGAAUUACAACUUACUUUAAAAGCCAUUCAACAAAGAGUUGAAGAUUAUAAAACACAAUUAGAUAGUAACAAAGAUAAUACCCAACUACAAUUAAAUUAUAAUGUUACUGUUGCAAGAGAAAAAGUUAUAAAAGGACAAAUCAACGAGAUUGAAAAAAGGAGAAGAGAACAAAAAGAAAGAGAAGAAAAGGUUAACUUAAUUAAAGAAAGUAUCAAAAAUGAAAAACAUAAAUCACAUCACCUUAUAAAGAAGAUUCAAAAAAAGAUUAGAAAAUUAGAAAAGAAAAAAAAUGCAGAGAUGAAGAUUUUAGAAUUGAAAGAAAAAUUAGUUGAUGUAAAAAGAAGUUAUAAAGAAGAGAUUUUAGAUAUGAAAGAAAGAGAGAUUAAAGCUAUAGAAAUGAAUGCUGGAAUUGAUCUUAGUAAUGCUUUACAAAGAGAAAAGAAAAUGAGAAAAAUUCUUGCCAAAAUGAAUCAUCAAAUGAAGUACUGGAAAAAUAUGCAAGGAAGACAAGACAUUUGUCCUACAGUACAACACCAAUUAAAUAAAAGAGUUCAGUAUUUCUCAUUUAUGAAAACUAAAGCUGUUGAAAGGUUAAAUGAAAGUGUUGAAGCCGUUAAACGAUAUAAAUUUGUUGUUGAAGAACAAAGAAAAGAAUUAUCAAAUUUCAAAGAAAUUAAAGUUUCUUUAUUACGUAAAAUGGUUAACGAAGAUGAACAAGAACUUAAUUACUACACCCACAGACUAGAAGAGAUUGACUCAAAGAAUAACCAAGGAAGAAUUUCUAUUAGUGAGUACAAUAGGAGGAAUAAGAAAUUUAGUGAACGUAAAAGAUUCUUACAACAACGAUUAUCUCUUUUAGAAAAACGUAUUAACGAAAUUGGAGAUGGUGAUAUAAUUGAGAAAAAAGAAAGAGAACGAUCUUUGAGAAAAGAGAUACGUAUCGUCCGUAGACAAUUAUUUAAACUUGAAGAACGAUUCAGUGCACUUCAAGGAGAAAUUAACUACUUUAAGAGAAUUAUUAAUCAAAGUAAGGAUGUCGGUAGAAAAGUUAUAUUGAUUAGAAGAAGUAAAAGUAUUUAUUCAGAAUGGGAAAAAGUCCGUAACUUAAUUGUUGAGAAGAAAGAGAUUCUUGGAAGAAAGAAAGUGGCUUUAGAAGAAGUAACUGGUAAAAUUAUUAGACAUGAAGAAGAAAAAGUUGAAAAAUUACUUAAACAAAAAGAGAAGAUUGAAAAAGAAAAAAAAAGAUUAGCAAAAAAGGAGAAGAUAAAAAUCUGUUCAAAAAAUAAAAUGAGUGAAAAAGAAAAACAAAAGAUCAAAAGUAUGAUUGAAUCAAGAAAAAGAAUUAGGUAUAUUAAAAAACAAGGAUUAAAUGCUAAAUUAAAUCGUAUUCAUUAUGUGCUACAAGGAUUAAGAAAAAAUUUAAGUGAGUUAAGAAUGACUAAGAAUUUCUGGAUUGCUCGUGAAUCGUUUAGUCUUAAGGCACGAGCUUUAGAACAUAUUAAAGAAAAGAAAGAAUUUUUAACUAAGAGUAUUGAAAUAGAAGAAAACGAAUUAGCUAAAGAACUUAGAGGAAAUAUUGCUGUCUUUAGAAGCCAAGAAAAAUAUCAAGACAAACUUGAUACUUUGAAAGAAAGCAUUGGAUACCAUAAAGAAGAGUUAAAAGAACUUGAAAGACUUGAAAAGAAAGUUAUGAAGAAAACAGGUUUUAAAGGAAAACGAUUUGAAGUAAUUGGAAAAAUGAUUAUAAAGAAGGUUAAAGGAGAGAAAAAAGAACUUGAAAAGAAAAGAAGGCAAUUAAUUAUUGAAAGUAUCCAAGAAAAAGAUGUUAAGAAACAAGGUAUUGUAAUUGAGAGAUUGAAAGAAAAUGAAAGAAGAUUAAAUGAAUUGAUUGGUAUUGAAAUUAGAUGUAGAGAAGGAAUUAAAUGGAGUGAAAAAGUUUUAAGAAGAAUUGCUAUUGAAAUGAGAGAAGAACUUAUCAAAAAACAAAAUCAAUGUAAAGAUAAAGGUGAUUGUCCAUUAUGUAGAACAUUAACUGAAUUGACUAAGAAAAAUCUUAUUGAAAGAAAAGAGGAUGGUGUUAUUCUUAAAGAAAUGAAAAAAGUAUGUAAAAAGUUUGUUCCUGAGAAACAAACAAAUUGCUUUAACUUAGCAUUAAAAAUUGCUGAACAUGCAUUAAAAAUUAGGGAUCCUUUAACCUUCAAUACCGAACAAACAUGCAGAAAAAUUGGUGUUUGUGGGCUAUAA